ACGAGCGUGUGUACACGUAUCUGGUUGUCAUAUUGUGUGAUGAAAAGAGGGAUACAUUUUUGAUGUAGUAAUAUUUCAACAAUUUAGCCAUUUGAUGUGAAUUUACCAAUAUUCUAAAGGAUUUACUUGAAAGUUAACUUCAUACGAUUGCGGUGUGGUAAAAUUCAACGACAGCUUAAAUCGAACAUCACGAAGCGGAAAGAAGUAAUCAAUUAGCUUAAAAUGUCUUUCGCCGAAACUCCUUGUUACACCAUCAUCAAUGCACAGGAAACGGAGCCAUAUAACGAGAUGCAGCUUAAGAUGGAUCUCGAAAAAGGUGAAUUGAAUGUAAAAAUUGAUACGCUUAAGCGCGUGAUUCAACUGCUGCUCAAUGGCGAACGGUUGCCAAGUUUGCUUAUGACCAUUAUUAGAUUCGUUCUGCCGCUACAGAACCAUACCGUCAAGAAAUUGUUGCUGAUAUAUUGGGAAAUUGUACCGAAAACAUCUACCGAUGGGAAACUUCUCCAGGAGAUGAUUCUAGUUUGCGACGCGUACCGAAAAGAUUUGCAACACCCGAACGAAUUUCUCCGAGGAUCAACGCUUCGUUUUCUUUGCAAGCUUAAAGAACCGGAAUUACUGGAGCCUUUGAUGCCGGCUAUCAGAGCGUGUCUCGAGCACCGUCACUCGUACGUAAGGAGAAACGCAGUGUUGGCCAUUUUUACAAUCUAUAAAAACUUUGAAUGGCUUGUCCCGGAUGGUCCGGAGCUGAUAGCCAUCUUUCUGGACACCCAACAAGACAUGUCAUGUAAACGAAAUGCUUUCCUUAUGUUGCUUCAUGCUGACCAGGAAAGAGCUUUGAACUAUUUGGCUUCAUGUUUGGAUCAGGUGAACAGUUUCGGAGACAUAUUACAAUUGGUAAUUGUUGAAUUGAUUUACAAAGUUUGCCAUGCUAAUCCGGCAGAGAGAUCUCGCUUUAUACGAUGUAUUUAUAAUCUCCUUAACUCUUCGUCGAAUGCUGUUCGCUAUGAAGCAGCUGGGACAUUGGUUACUUUAUCAACUGCGCCAACUGCAAUCAAAGCUGCAGUUAGCUGUUAUAUAGAGCUGAUCAUCAAAGAAAGUGAUAACAAUGUAAAAUUGAUUGUACUGGACCGUUUGAUUGCACUGAGGGAUAACGAAAACAUGGAGCGCGUUAUGCAAGAUUUGGUAAUGGAUAUUCUCAGAGUUUUGUCUGCCACCGACAUUGAAGUCAGACGUAAGACACUGACACUUGCUAUGGAAUUGGUAUCAUCCAGAAACAUCGAAGAAAUGGUAUUAGUAUUGAAGAAAGAAGUAUCCAAAACACAUAAUAUUGAACACGAAGAUACCGGAAAAUAUCGCCAGCUUUUAGUUCGCACUUUGCACAGUUGUUGCAUAAAAUUCCCGGAUGUGGCCGCCACGGUUAUCCCCGUUCUGGUCGAAUUUUUGUCUGAUUCUAACGAGUUAGCCGCUGCAGAUGUUUUAGUUUUUGUUCGGGAAGCUAUCCAGAAAUUCCCGCACCUACAGGAAUUGGUAAUUGAAAAACUUUUAGAAGCGUUCCCGGCUAUCAAAUCAGCAAAGAUUCAACGAGCUACUUUAUGGAUUCUGGGAGAAUACGCAGCUUCGGUGAAAGACAUAAUCGAUGUUAUCGCCGUAAUCAACCAGACACUAGGAGAGGUACCGAUUGUAGAAGCAGAACAACGUCGUCUUCUCGGCGAAGAUACUGAAAAUGACGAAAAUAAUUCUCCCAAUCAAAUCUCAGCAGCAGUGCCGAAUAAUAAAGUAACGUCUGACGGAACUUAUGCAACCCAGAGCGUCUUCAGUGUAGCACCAAUUGCUCUAAAAGUAGAGAGACCUCCAUUGCGUCAACACUUGAUGGAGGGAGAUUUCUUCAUCGGAGCAACUUUGGCAUCCACGUUGACAAAAUUGGUGUUGAGAUUCAUUGAAUUAGAAUCUAACGAAAAAAAACAAAACCGUGUGUGCUCUCGGUCCAUGUUAAUAAUGAGCUCCAUUCUGCAUCUGGGUAAAUCGGGACUUCCAAAAAAAGGAAUCACAAACGACGACACGGAUCGUAUCUUUUUAUGCUUGAAAACUCUUAGCCAGCGUACACCUGAAAUUGUUCGCAUUUUCAAGCAGUCCUGUCGUGAAGCAUUGGCAAACAUGUUGGUGGCUCAAAACGAGGAGGAAAAAUUGAAUCAAAAAGACAAACAAAAAGUUGCUGCCAAAAUUCAACCAGACGAUCCUAUUUCUUUUACUCAACUUGCAAAUGGCAAACACGACCAGAUGGGUGAAAAUGUUUUUGAGUCGAGUUUGAAUCAAGCUUUAGCUGGAACGAAAAGUACAGCUCUGUCAGAUGUUGCUUCUCCAAAUAACAAAUUGAAUAAAGUGACUCAGUUGACUGGGUUUUCCGAUCCAGUUUAUGCCGAAGCCUAUGUACAUGUAAACCAGUAUGACAUUGUUUUGGAUGUGCUGAUCGUUAAUCAAACAAGCGAUACCCUACAAAAUUGCACACUAGAAUUGGCUACCGUUGGAGACCUAAAGCUGGUCGAACGUCCACAUCCAGUAGUGUUGGCGCCUCAUGAUUUCUGUAACAUUAAGGCCAAUGUCAAAGUAUCGUCUACUGAAAAUGGCAUCAUUUUUGGAAACAUCGUUUAUGACACCACCGGAUCAUCAAAUGUGGUUGUUUUAAAUACCAUUCACAUUGACAUUAUGGACUACAUUCUCCCUGCAAGCUGCACCGAUACUGAGUUCCGUACCAUGUGGGUUGAAUUCGAGUGGGAAAAUAAAGUUUCCGUUAACACCACGCUCACUGAUUUGCAUGAGUAUCUUAAAAUGCUUCUUAAAUCUACCAAUAUGAAAUGUCUAACACCAGAGAAGGCGCUUUCCGGACAGUGUGGUUUUAUGGCCGCCAAUAUGUAUGCCAGAUCAAUAUUUGGUGAAGAUGCACUAGCAAAUUUGAGUAUAGAAAAGCCACUCGACCGUCCGGAUGCUCCUGUAACCGGUCAUAUUCGGAUACGGGCCAAGAGUCAGGGCAUGGCGUUAAGCCUCGGAGACAAGAUAAAUCACACGCAAAAGUGUUUACAAGAGAAAAUUGUUGCUGCCUAACUAUCAGCUCUUUUAAUACAUAUUAAAAUUUGCUUUUAUUUUAUUUUA